UCAACAUUAACAGGUUAAAAUGUAGUUUUUACUUUUACUGUUUUGUAAAUUUUCUCUCGCUGAGAUUUUAAUCCAUUAUCGGGUUCGUGACAUUUUGGUUUGCAUGAAUCAGCUGAUGGCAAAGGACAAGUCUUUGAAAAGAAAUCCCCCCAAGGGAAAGAAAAACAGCUUAAAUGAGGGAGAAGAAGCCAUGGAAACUCAAACCAAGAAGAGAAAACAAGUGGAAGUAGAGGAUGCUCCAGUUCAGAUUCCAUGUGUUACAAAUCCAGAUGAGAAAACGAGCAAAAAGGACAAAAAACCCAAGAAGAAGAAGGAGGCAACAAGAGAAGCUGACUUGGAUCAAGUUGAGCUUCCUGAGGAAGACGGGGAUCGCGAAGGACCUUUGACCCCUGAAGAGAAACGGGUCCUGGAAAGGAAGCUGAAGAAGAUCCGCAAAAAGGAGGAGAAGAAGAAGCUGAAGGAAUCCGGACUGACCGACCCAAAAACCGCAGAACCCAGACCGAGCGCAUCGAAGCAGGCCUUGGACUACCUCACAUGCUGGGCGGAGAGCCGUUCAGCCUGGAAGUUUCAGAAGAUCCGGCAGACCUGGUUACUGCAGCACAUGUACGACUCCGAGAAGGUUCCAGAUGAUACUUUUGUGGUUCUGCUUCAGUAUCUGGAGGGAAUGUUUGGACGAGCGAAGGAAACGACGGUCCAGAAGGCCUUGGCGCUGGUAGAGGAAUCCGGGAAGGCGCCGCAGGACGCGUCUGUCCAGCAGGGGGCGCAGCGGGCCAGAGAAAUCAUCCAGCUCCUCUCCUGAGCCUGAGGGACUGAAUGAGGCAGGAAGAGGCUGAACCAAGGCGCGCUGCUCCCUGUAAAUAACAUCCAACAUGAUUUUCUGUGCUACUAAAACCUAAAACAGAAACUCUUCCUCAUGUUUGCAACAUUUUGAAUCUCAAACUAUUUUCCAAAAAAAUUAUUUGAGUCUUCUGGACGUUGUUUUCACGAUGAGGCGGAUGAUGAAAAGCUGGAAAACCAGGAAUGUUUAUGGUUGGGACGUGUUGGGACAUGUUGGACCUGUAAACAAGUCCAACUGACACUGUAAAACUCGCUGCGUUAUUUUAGCUCCCCUGAACUAUAACAAGCUGCUCAAACAGCCUUUUUAUGUAUGACAUGUCAUCUGUUCUGCUCAGAAAUUUACAUACACUCAUAACAGGAAAAAAUGCCACAUUAUUGUAAUUUUUUAUAAUUUUCUUAAACAGUACUAUUUUCCCCAUAAAGAGUAAACAACUUUA